UGAAUAGACAAUAGUUGUGUUGGUCGGCUUUCGAAAUCGUUCGUUGUUUGUCUGUUACUUACGAGAUUGUGUCAGCUAACAAACGUAAUCGUAGUAAAGAAGAAACGAUAUUGUACUAUCGCAAAGAAUAAAAGUACGAUACUUAGAUUUAUCUGAUAUACGAUUAUUUACGACACAUUAUUGUGUCUAUUAAAAUUGUUAUUUAUUUAUAUCGAAUUAUUUCCGUGCUUUGCCAGUGUGCAGACAUGGCCUUCUCUAUAUUUUGUUCUUCAAAAAUUGUGCAGCAGAGAUUACAACAGGUCUUCCAGCGUGCUUAUUCAGAUGCCAAAUAUCCAAAGAUUACAACUCAUUAUACGGUAGUACCCAGAGAAACGGAUUCAAGAUGGAAAGAUGCGAAUAUGGAAAGAUUUGUAGAUGAGACAGAUAUAUUGGUUGUCGGUGGAGGUCCGGCAGGAAUGUCAGCUGCUAUACAAGCUCGAAAACUAGCAGAAAAGAAUGGAAAAGAACUUAGAGUUACUCUAGUAGAGAAGGCUGCAACUGUAGGAGGACAUAUUCUCAGCGGUGCUUGUUUAGAUCCAAUCGCUUUGAAUGAAUUAUUUCCAAAUUGGAAGGAAUUAGGUGCACCGUUAAAUACACCAGUUACCGAAGAUAAAUUUGCUUUUCUUACUGAAAAGGGAAGGAUAUCGAUACCUAUUUUAAAGGGUAUGCCCAUGUAUAAUCAUGGAAAUUAUAUAGUUAGAUUAGGUCAUGUUGUAUCGUGGUUAGGAGAACAAGCAGAAGCUGCAGGAGUAGAAAUAUAUCCUGGUUAUGCCGGCUCAGAAAUUUUGUAUCACGGAGAUGGUUCUGUCAAAGGAGUAGCAACGAAUGAUGUUGGAAUUGCAAAAGAUGGUUCACCAAAGGAAACUUUUGAGAGGGGUAUGGAGUUACACGCAAAGUGUACAAUUUUUGCCGAAGGUUGUCAUGGUCAUCUUGCUAAACAACUUUCUAAGAAAUUAAAUCUAAGGAAAGACUGUGAACCACAAAGUUAUGGUAUAGGAUUAAAAGAAAUAUGGGAGAUUGAUCCUAAGAAACAUAAACCUGGUACGGUAGAACACACGGUUGGUUGGCCAUUGGAUAAGAAUACAUACGGUGGAUCAUUUUUAUAUCAUCUCGAUGAAGAAACACCGCUCAUUGCAGUUGGUUUUGUAGUGGGAUUAGAUUACUCUAAUCCUUAUUUGCAUCCAUUCAAAGAAUUUCAAAGAUUCAAACAACACCCUAGUAUUAGGCCAACUUUCGAAGGAGGAAAGAGGAUAGCUUACGGUGCAAGAGCGUUAGUAGAAGGAGGAUUUCAAUCCAUUCCAAAGCUUCAAUUUCCUGGUGGUUGUCUAGUAGGCUGUACGGCAGGCUUUCUGAAUGUCCCUAAAAUUAAAGGAACUCACAACGCUAUGAAGAGUGGUAUGUUGGCCGCAGAGAGCGCUGUGGAAGCAAUUCUAGAAGCAGAAACGAAUCCUUCGCCUACCAAAGGUCUCGAACCAAAAACGUAUUCUGACAAAAUAAAAAACAGCUGGAUAUACAAAGAAUUAAAGGCUGUUAGAAAUAUGAGACCAAGUUUUCACACGAAUCUUGGCCUUUACGGAGGAAUGAUGUAUUCUGGGUUUUCAAUGUUGAUCGGUGGAAGAGAGCCAUGGACAUUUUCUCAUGGAGGACCUGAUUAUUCCAAACUAAAACCUGCAUCCAAAUGUACACCGAUCGAAUAUCCGAAACCAGAUAACGAGGUAUCAUUCGAUUUAUUAUCGUCGGUCGCUCUUACCGGAACAAAUCACGAAGCUGAUCAACCACCACAUUUGACUUUAUCAGACGAUACUAUACCAGUAAAGCAAAAUUUAACGAUAUACGAUGGCCCUGAAGGUCGAUUUUGUCCUGCUGAUUUACCUCUUCCAUUUCCGGCUUGAGCUCCUUUCCAGGACUUUCUUCCCUCUCCUCGCUCUCUAUCCAGCUCCACAACCAGUCGGGAGUUUAUCGACCGGAGCGUCCUUGAACCUGAACCGCCCGGGCAACCCCCGCUCGGCUAGACAACCCCCGACCAAGCACAACCCCCAAAUUCGAGGGUCACACUGCACAUAGGCUGGGCCAACAACCUCGAAUACGAAAAUUCUUUGUCCAUCUUCGAUCCAACGAUACGUCCAAUCUCUACAUCAUUUUUCAUAAAAUAUUUCGUUUAAAAUAUUUUCUUCUUGACGAGUAUAAACUGAUUUUU